AUGUUGCACCUUUUGUCUGCGGCUGUUCAGCCAUUCAAGAGGCUGCCGGAGGCCAUCAAAUACCCGCUGGUGCGCGUGGGAACAGCUACAAUUAGCAUCAUCCUCAAGGCAGCAAAGCCAACCGAUGACGACAAGAAUGUCGAGAAAGUCUCAACUCCAUGUCUUCGACUGCCUUAUAUCAAGACAGUCUCUGGAAGCCUUACUGCCGAAUUAUCGCACUUUCUCCUGUCCGAAGGCCGCCAACCACAAGUCGUCAAGUAUGAUUGCACCGUCAAAGAGGUCCGGCCUCCGAUCAAGGCACUCACAGAAUCGAAGACUCCCCUGGAGCCCACAACACCAAUGACACAUCGACAAGCACCAUGGCAACAACACAGAACGCUGUUCCCUUGUGAAGUCAUUGGAUCAACAAGAAAUAACAGCGCUCAGAGCCAGACCUAUACCGCUGCAGCAGAGCCCAUCAGACAGAACACGACCUCUGCGUUCGGUGUGCCCCCGCCAGCAGUUGUUGCUACUGUGCCAGGUCACCUCCAGCGUGUGGACAUUGAAGAUGACUCGCAAUACGAUUCUCAAUCUGAGACUGGGACGACCGUCCACUACAACAUCGAUGAACAUGGACGAUCGACAUCAUAUGACAGCAUUGAUGUGAACAAUACUUCGACAUCCGUGCACCUCCCUUACGCCUCCAGUCAUCUGCCUCGAGUUCAUCGGACUCGCACUCGCACCGGGGCUGUUCGGGGUAGUGCUCCCAAGGCUCAUCUGGCGACAAGCCAUCGUGGCUUUGAGUCAACCUCCAGUGGAGACACUGACGGUGUCGAAAGAGUCUUCUCCAGUUCCAAUACGGAAUCGACUUCCAGCUCGACUACUCCCUUGGAUGGCAAUCCUUUUGCGUUCCCACAGCCAGAUCCAGAUCUGGAACCGUUCCCCGACUUCUAUCAGUGCCAGCUUGCAGUGAAGGAGCAAGAGGUCGAAGGCCUGCGAGAAGAACUAGACCAAGUCACCGCAGCGGCACAGGCAGUGAUAGCAACUGUGCAGCGAGAGAAAUCCCGUCUCGAACAGGAAACGCACAAUGCUCGACUGGCGCUGCAGACCAUGUCAAUGCAGUUCCAGGAAGUCGACGGCCAAUGCCAAGCUCUGGAGCGGGAGAACAUGGAGCUGAGGCGAUACGUGCAAGCUGUCGACCAGCGCAGACUGGAGAGUGAAGACGCACGCCGGAACAUGGCCAUACACAUCCAGACGUUGGAGAACAUAACCCGAGCUCUCGAGGACGGUAAAACUGCACUGAGAAGUCGAAAUUCGUACCUGGAAGCAAUCAACAACGAACUUCAGGGCCGCGUCAACCUGUCAGGCGCAUCGCAACAGUUGAAUGCGGCCCUGCUCGCUCAGAUGACGGAGGAGAAGAAUGUCGACGUUGCGGAGCUCCGUGGCCAAGUCACAUCGCUCACAGAGCAACUCGACAAGGUCAACGAGGAGAAAUGGGACUACUUCUCCGAGAAGAAUGACGCGGAGGACGAGCGAGACAGUGAGCGUGCCGCGAAGGAGGAAGCUCAACGAGAGCUCCGAGAGGUGCGGGACGAAUUGCGAAGCCUGCAGGGGAAUUGA